AAGGUCACACGGCCAUGUCUAAAGGCCAAGUUCGGAUUCAUGGUCAGAUUUGUUUAACACACGUAGGAUGGUUUAAGUCAGUUUUAAAUUUGAAACUAUUCUAUGUUCUGCACGGGCGGCGGGAGUUUUCGCUCAGGAAAAUCAAUGAACCCACCGCAGUUUUAAAACAUUGCUGAGCACUGAACUCCUUCGUUAGAUUCUCUCAGUAAAAAAGUUUCGGCAGGGCAGCCGGGAAGGCUCACGGGGCACACCCAACGUUGGCCUAGCCAAGCGCGGAGCGAGAUGACAAGCCCUGCAACAACCGCGUGGGCUUCUUCCUUCCUUCUUACUCCUGCAGCGCGGUGCAGGGCAGGGCAGGGUAGGGCAGGGCGGGUGGCGAGGUCUGCGGGGACAAGUGGUGCGGCACUGGGGCGGAGGGAGACACAGCAGAAACAGGAUCGGUAGGUAAGAGGCCGGGACAGAAAUGAGGGGGCCGUUUAGUAGGCGGGGAGCAGGCUCGCCCCACUCGCAGGUAACUUUCCUGAGGAUUCCCAAUCCCUGGGCUGGGGAAGCGGCCAAAAUGAAAGAAAUGGAAGUUUAGGGGAAGAGAAGAGGAAGGGAGGUGGACGGAUAUAGCUUCAGACACCUCCCAACCUUACUCUCUAUUGACCCACCCCUCGCCGUCACCCACGGGAUCCUUUCGGGCCACCGUAGUCCGCGCUUCUGCUUUUCCCCGCGUGGCGCCGAUGACGCGAGGCGUUAGGAGCACUCUUCUUACAGAGGACCCUUCCGAACUGUCGGUUGCCCGCCGCUGCGCCUGCGUGGCUAAGAGGGGAAGUGAGGCGGUUUCCUCGGCGCCUUUUCCGGCUGUGGCUGGGGCAGAGCUGGGAGGAGGAAGAGGAGGCGGCGGCAGCAGUAACGUCGGCCGGGGGGACCCUGCAUACAGGGUGGUGGCCGGAGGUAGCUCACGGAGUCCCUCCGGGGAUCAAUGACCUGACGAGGAACCGGAGCCGCUGCUGUCGCUCGGGUGGCCAGGGUCGGUGGUUCGGCGGGCGGGCGGGCCGGGGUCUCCGGCGGCGGCAGGGCCAGGAGAGACGGCAGGCAGUCCGAGAAGUGGGCGGAGCGGGAGCGGCGGCGGUGGCGCUCGGUGCUUGGGGGGGGAAGGGCAGUUCCGGGCUGGGCCUCACCAGGGCGGCGGCUCCCCGCGGCGCAGCUUCUGGCUGUCGGCGGCAACUGGAGGAAGCCGGGUUUGGAGCCGGUGAUGUCCGAGUGAGCGGCGGCCCGGGACUCGGCCCUUAGGCGGCAGCAGCGACUCCCCCAUUGCAGGCCGCAGGACGUCCUCGCGGCUGGGCGGGAUCGCUUCGGGUUCCUGGAGGCUGCGGCGGCGGUGGUGGCUAAGGGGACGCGGAACACCUGAAUGCCCCCAGCCCCGGUUCCUCCGACGCGAUGGGGAAGGUGCUGUCUAAGAUCUUCGGGAACAAGGAAAUGCGGAUCCUGAUGCUGGGGCUGGACGCUGCCGGCAAGACCACUAUCUUGUACAAGUUGAAGCUGGGCCAGUCGGUGACGACCAUCCCCACUGUGGGCUUCAAUGUGGAGACGGUGACUUACAAAAACGUCAAGUUCAACGUGUGGGACGUGGGCGGCCAGGACAAGAUUCGGCCGCUCUGGCGGCAUUACUACACCGGGACCCAGGGGCUGAUCUUCGUAGUGGACUGCGCCGACCGAGACCGCAUCGAUGAGGCCCGCCAGGAGCUUCACCGAAUCAUCAAUGACCGAGAAAUGCGGGAUGCCAUCAUCCUCAUCUUCGCCAACAAGCAGGACCUUCCUGAUGCCAUGAAACCCCACGAGAUCCAGGAAAAACUGGGCCUGACCCGGAUUCGGGACAGGAACUGGUAUGUGCAGCCUUCCUGCGCCACCUCAGGGGAUGGACUCUAUGAGGGCCUCACAUGGUUAACCUCUAACUACAAAUCCUAAUGAGCAUUCACCGCCCAUCACACCCCCCCUCCCCAACUCCCCUCCGGAGAGAAAUAAAAAAAAAAAACAUUCAUAGGAUUAUCACCACCAUCACCUUCUCCAAAUGCCACUUUUCUUUUGAAUAUGGACUCUGGAGUUACUGUUUUACGGUUUGGGGGGGCUUGAGUUGAGGGGGGGGAGUUAUCCUUUUUUUUGUUUUGUUUUGUUUUGUUUUUGUUUUUUGCUUUGCUUUAGGAUGCUCUAGUCUGACAUUUGACAUGAACACAAAAGUACUAGGUGCUCUUGUUGACUUCCAGCAAAUGGGGUGGGGGAAAAUAUAGCAACUCUUGAUAUGGUCCUUUAUAAUAAUGGUUUGAUUUUUUUAUUUUGAGGGAAUCUUUUUUUUCAAUGUAUGUUUCCCCCCUCCAACCUUAUCACUUGCUGUAGAUGGCUUAUUUUGCAUUCAUGCAGACGAUGUCGCAAGUCUGUUUCAUCUAGUAAACUGAAAAUUAUUGCUUAAUCAAACUGCAGUCUGUCUUUUAUAUUUAAGGACUCUUUUUCUUUUUUUAAGAGUUCUAACUUUAGUAAUUUCAGGUGUGACCUUUCAUAUCUAAAACUAGUAUGGUAAAACUUUUGCCUGCAGUGGUGAACAAGUGAUACCAUGGUAAUAACCUGCAAGUGCAAAUCAGUAAUGUCAAGCAGGUAAUGUAAGAAGUGCUUUGAAAUGUGUUAAGUUCUGAAACAUACAUCAUGCAUGAGUAGGGAUAAAGCCAAAAUCUCCAUAUCACAUAGCUAGCAGUUUCCUGAAUGAAAAUGUGAAAGUUUGAACUGGCUAUAGAUCUUAUAUUGAAAAAUUAGCAGUUUUGCUGGAUUUUCUCUCAUUGUUUUUUGUUCACUUGAUUGUAGUACAACCAUUUUUCAGGCAAUAGAGCAAUAAUGGUACACACCACUUUGAUAGCUGAAACAUAUUUUGUUACAUUUUGACAAAACUGAAAUACUUUUUUAGUUGGCUGAUAAAAUAGCAAAAACCAACAGUGAAUUUUGAUAAUAGUCUGUUUACUGUGGUCAGUUCUCAAAUAUUUUUUAAAAUUCAAAUUAUUUCAACCUUUUUUCUUAACUGCAAAAGCAAACAUUCCAAUCUCCAUAUCACAGAAGCCAAGUUAAAGAAAUAAGUAAUUUUUUUUAGAGUUGACACAUGGUCUAUAUCUUAGUUAAUUAUCACAUUGAGGAAGAUGGAUUAUUUUUUAAAGUUUGACUUAGUUUUGUGAGAAUGUAGAUUUAAUUCAUGAGCUGGUAAUCAGAUAUUUUAUUAGUUCUCAUUUAUUUAAACUUAUUAAAAAAGUGAUGGAUGAAGAGAUAAAAUCCACUGUUAAGAAAUGCCAAGUAAAUAGUGGAAAAUUUGUAGGUAAUGACCUUACAUAUGACAAUGAAUGUAAAUUUAUAAGUCUUGUGAAAGAUAACCAGUUUGUCGGUUUGUCAGCUACAGUCAGUAUAACUAGACUAAAUUGUUAACUGGAUAGUUGAAAGUACUUUGAAUCAAAUGUUAUUACUUGUUUCAGAAUUGUGCAGCAGCAACUGGUUCUUGGCUUCAAAUAUUAAUUUUUAGAGAUCAUCAAAAAGUUAAUCUUAAAACUUGGAAUUUAAAGAAUGUAUACUACAAAAUCAGAAAUGAGAUAGCAUGUGUGUCUGUAUGUGUGUGCACGUGGGGUUUAUGAAAAUCCACAAAAGUCUGAAUGAGACACCAUACUACAGUUGUGCAGUAUUAAUCCUGCAUGUCUUUUGACCAUAAAAUGUAUGCUGGUGCUUUUUACCAAAGAUAUGAGGAGCUUAAACUUAUAGAAAAUUCACUUCUUUACAUCAACCUGGUCAAAUAUUUUAGUUAAUAGACUAAAAUAAUAGUAAACUUCCAUUUCUUUAGAAUUCAUGUGGAAUAAGAAUUAAAAUUCUGCUGCAACUAAAAAAGUCAGUUUAACUUCAGUGGCAAGGCCUCUGAAAAUGAGGUUGAUUUAAGUAAAAUAUUUUGGUUACCCUUAAAAAUGAUUCCUAUGGCUCCAUCAUAAAUUUAAUUUGUUGUCUUUUGAAUGAUUCUAAUUUUUAAGAUAAAAUGUUUGUAAAAUGAUAUUCUAAUAUCAGAAUGUAUUAGUAAUACCUGAAAUACAAUAAGCACAGAGAAAUUCCCAAACCAGAGAAAAGUUGUAGCCCUCAUACUAACAGUUCUAAAAAAAAUUUUUAACGUAUCUUUUUUUGGAAAUAAGCAGUUGGAUUGGUUAACUGUCAAUUUUUUUAUUUUGUAACUGAGUGUUUAAAAGAUUUUUAUAUGCUUAAGUGUUUUUUUUUAAUAGGUGAAACGGUAAUGAAAAUGAUUUUCUGGUUCUUUGAAAUGUCUGAAAAGGGAAAACAAACAUUUUGAAAUACAGUAAAACUUUGAAUACCUUUUAGUAAGCAAUUGUAAGUUACAUUUCAGAAUUUCCUUAAUGAAUGAAAAAUAGUUUAUAAUUUUUCUAGUUAAACUUAACAUUAGUAAUUAUGGGGCUGGUAAUUACAACCUACAGGGGGAAAAAAUCAUACCUUAAGAUCUCCGGUUAUUUUUAAGUAACAAUUUGAAGUUUUAAAGUGCAUCAACUUCUGUGUUCAUGUUUUAUAAGAUGCAUUUAGUUUUGAUGAGUUUAAUCUUGUCUGGAAAAAAAGUAAUUGAGUCUCUAGACUAUCUCCCUAACAGUACAGUACUUGGAAUUGUGUUUUUAAUGACUGUAGUGUUGAUAAAGAACUAAUAUGCAGAAAAUAAAGAAAUUACACAGCA